UAUAGUUCUCAAAACUAAAACGCCAAAGCAUUUCUCUUCCCAAUCUGGAGAUAGUUUGAAAAAAUCCAGUGUAGAUGCUUUUAAGUGAUUUCGGAGGUUCGGUUGUGUUUCUCCCAAGAAAGCCUUUCUAUAAAAAAACAUAAAAGCCUCAGUGUUGGUCUGAAUUUAAACAAGGGCUGAGGCAAAACAACUCAAAACAAACUUGGUAGGAAACACGCCUUGCGGUCUGUCAGUGAGAAACCCAUUGUGUACCCUUGCACAAAGUUCGCCCUGUUGAUGGUGACAUCGUUCAGUGGCCAGGUCCCGGGAGAAAAUGAGCCGCUCGCCAUUGCCCGCUGCACCUUCUCCCCGGGGGACGGCGAGUGAAGCACGUUAAACUUUGCAGGCGCGAUGCACUCCUUCUGGCCUGCCCAGAGUACAAGGAACCAUGGCAUCACCUCGGACCAGUGACCCACACGCGGGGUAAAGGACGGCUCCUUGAGCAGUGCUUCAUAUUGACCAGGACUCAAACUUCCCCUUUGGAUUCCAACGUUUCAUGUUCCUUCUCAAACAAGAACCUGAAUUCCUUAUGAUCGGAAAAUCCAGGUGCAGGAUCCAAAACCGGCUGAAGCAACGUGUCUACAAAUAUAUUUUCAAGGAUCAAGAAUUCAAGGGAAGAACAGAACUGUGAUCCUACUGCUCUUACAGGAAAAAGAACAAAAACACUUUGUACUUUGUGAGGGAAGCACACACACACACACACAGUGCGACGCACCAUGCUGUACUAGCUGAUAGCAAGAAUGACGAGUGAAAAAUCUGCAUUGACUGGAAAAGUCCACCGAACAAGCUGCUUCCAUUCAAAGUGGUGCUCACAUCGUCUAUGUUAACCGAUCACGACCAAAAGCUGAUGGCAAGUCAUUUAAGCCUCAUUAUAGGAAGGACAUGGAGGCACUGGAGAGAAUCCAAAGAUUUACAAGAACAGCUCCUAGGAUGAACGAGGGCAAUUACAAGGAUAGCUUGGACAAGAAGAGACUGUUUUCUCUGAAGAGAAUGCUGAGCCAAACUUGCAACCUGCUGAAACAUCGUUAGUGAAGCCACUAUGUGGAGCUGUGUAGGUUCCAACACAACGGUGAAUGGUCUGGACCAGCAGUUCUGCUACAACCUUGAACUAGUCCUUUUCGUCCUUUCCAUCAUUUACCUCAUCAUCUGCUUCCCUUUUAGCAUCUGUUACAACUCCCUGCUGGUCCUAGUCAACCUGUACAACAAACCAUCAAUGACCAUGCCUGAUGUUUAUUUCGUCAACAUAGCAAUUGCGGGCCUCAUCCUCAGCCUAGUGGCCCUGAUCCAGCUGCUGGGCCCAGACAAUCCACAGUGGGCCAUCUGGAACUUUAACAGAGAAGUCUACAUCACCUUGCUUAUCUUGUUCAAUAUCUCAGCUCUGGUCACCAUGUAUUCCACCACUUUGCUCAGUUUGGACUACUAUAUUGAGCAAGCUUUGCCAAGAACCUACAUGUCCAGCGUCUACAACACCAAACAUGUCUGUGGGUUCAUCUGGGGUGGGGCUGUGCUGACCAGCUUUUCAUCUCUGCUGCUUUAUGUGUGCAGUCAUGUUCCCAAGAUAAUCGAGUGCUCAAAAAUACAGAAUAAAGAGGUGGCAGACACCAUCAUGGUAUUUAUCGGUUUCUUUGUGCCAGCUAUAGCAGUACUCUAUGCCUUAAUAUUGAUUUUUCGAAUUCGGAACCAGUCAACGCCUCUAGAUCAAGAUUCUGCAAGGCUAGAUCCUUCUAUACACCCGCUGCUAGUGGCCACAGUCUGUACACAUCUUGUAUUGUGGGCUCCUUAUUACAUGACACUACUAGUGCACAUAACCUUUAAACCAAAAGGAUCAGACUUGGUAACCCAAUAUCAAAUCUACUAUUUUGUUAAGGGCUUGUCGAAGCUGUUGGCAUAUUCAUGCAGUUUUGUUGUACCAUUGCUCUACACUUAUAUGCACAAGAACUUCACCAGCAAACUGAGGCAACUAGUCAGAAGCCUGGACUGUCAGACUGAAGGUUGUUCGGACCAACACUCAGAAGGGCAGCAACAAGUUUUUUGAGCUUAAGUUUCUUCAAAUGUAUGGAUGGUGCAUGGCUUCACAAAUCAAGGCCAAACAAAAAAUGUACACCCUGCUACCAAGAGCAGUAACCCUGCUAACUGACCUUAGCUAUUUCAUAGGUCUUGUAGACUAAAGAGAUCCAAAAUCAUUCCAUGGUAGAAUAUCACACUGGCUUUUAUUAACCAAUUCUUUAAACUCAUUGCUGAGCUCAGCAAUGGAAUAUAUUGUUAGGAGUUUCUUGACAUCGGAAGUUAUGUCAACAGUAAAUGAAUACAUUUGCAUGCAAGCAAUGAAAACAGACCUUCAAAAGAUUUGGAAUUGAAGCUAUUUUUUGGGUGAGUAACAAAUUAAAAUUAUUGCAGGCAGUAUUUGAAUCCAGAUCUAGUCUGCAUGCUUCAAAGCUACAGCAACAGCUGAAAAGUCACAGAGGCCAAGGAUGUUUCCAUGAUAAACUAAUCAGAUAGUGCAAGCUGUGAAGUCUAUCCUCUGUUUUGAAUGUUACUCAACAAAAACCGACCAAAUGAAUUGUCUCUUUAUGUGCUUGGAAGGACAUUGCAGCAAAUUUGAAAAUACAAAAAUUACCCAGCACACUUGAUUAUUUCCAAGGCCGCUGGCUUUUUAAAUUGUUGGGAGAACUUUAACUUGUUUUGACAUAUAAAAGACUGGUCACUAUUGGCAAAGGGGUAAAUGUGAGCCUGCAUAGAUGUCUCCUAACCAACAAUAUCCUUGUAAGCUGUGGUCAGCUUCACAAGCAGACAGCAUUAUCACCUCUAACUGCUUGUAUUUUAUCUGUUAAAAUGUGUAGCAUCAUUAACUAAUUUGUGUCACAAUUUUGAUUUUAUAGAUCUAUAAAUAAUUGCACAAUUCCUGGAUCAAACACAACAGUAUAAAAUAGUCCCAUGCUAUUUAUUGUCUUCACUUUGUAAAUAAAUAAAGAUAUA